AUGUCGAUUAUUAAUAAAUCAAUACUACGUCAAGUUUCUCUUCUUUAUCGUGUAUAUCAUGCAAAUGUUAUUCGACAAACUCUUCUUCCAUUCAGUAUAAGUACCCAUUAUCUUGCUGAAUCAACUAGUACAGAAACAUCAACAAAUGAAUCUUCAAAAGAAAAUACAACUUCACGAACAUCAUUUGAUAGUGUUCCUGUACAUCUUGGUUCUUUAGCAAAAUUAGUUAUGGUUUUAGGUGGACUUUACAGACGUUAUGGUGAUGUUCCUGAUAGUCUACCUAAUCGUGUUUAUCAAAAAACAAAAGAUCGAUUUCGAGCACGUUGUGUUGUUGGUUCUCUAUUUUUUACGGCUAUUCUUGGUUUUGUAGCUGCAAUACGUGGUAAACAUGAUGCAAAAGAAGGCAAACGAUAUACAGAUAAAGUUUAUGACAUGCAUCGUGGUGAAUCUCGACUACAUCAACAAUUAGAAUCAUUACAUCCUCGUGGAAAACAUUCGGAGCGAUAUUCACCACCGGUUGAUGAAGUCAAUAAAUAA